CGGACAGCUCUGGGGAAGCGGAUUUCUUAGAAACGUUCGUGAGAGGAUACAAGCGGCCUUGGGAUGUCUCUGGCUGAUGAGCUCUUGGCUGAUCUUGAGGAGGCAGCAGAAGAAGAGGAAGGAGGAAGCUAUGGAGAAGAAGAGGAGGAGCCAGCAAUUGAGGAUGUCCAGGAGGAGACACAGCUGGAUCUUUCUGGGGAUUCAGUCAAGAGCAUUGCCAAGCUAUGGGAUAGCAAGAUGUUUGCUGAGAUCAUGAUGAAGAUUGAGGAGUAUAUCAGCAAGCAAGCUAAAGCUUCAGAAGUGAUGGGACCAGUUGAAGCAGCCCCUGAGUACCGAGUCAUUGUGGAUGCCAACAACCUGACUGUGGAGAUAGAAAACGAGUUGAACAUUAUCCACAAGUUCAUCCGGGAUAAGUACUCGAAGAGAUUCCCUGAGCUAGAAUCUUUGGUCCCCAAUGCUCUGGAUUACAUCCGCACAGUCAAGGAGCUGGGCAACAGCCUGGAUAAGUGCAAGAACAAUGAGAACCUCCAGCAGAUUCUGACCAAUGCUACUAUCAUGGUUGUCAGUGUCACUGCCUCCACCACCCAGGGGCAGCAGCUGUCGGAUGAGGAGCUAGAGCGACUAGAGGAGGCCUGUGACAUGGCACUGGAACUGAAUGCCUCCAAGCACCGCAUUUAUGAGUAUGUGGAGUCCCGGAUGUCCUUCAUUGCACCCAACUUGUCCAUCAUCAUUGGAGCAUCCACAGCUGCCAAAAUCAUGGGUGUGGCCGGAGGCCUGACUAACCUCUCCAAGAUGCCUGCCUGCAACAUCAUGCUUCUGGGAGCCCAACGCAAGACACUGUCUGGGUUCUCCUCUACCUCAGUGCUGCCCCACACUGGCUACAUCUACCACAGUGACAUUGUGCAAUCUUUGCCCCCAGAUCUCCGGCGGAAGGCAGCCCGGCUUGUGGCUGCCAAGUGCACACUAGCAGCCCGUGUAGACAGCUUCCAUGAGAGCACAGAAGGGAAGGUGGGCUAUGAACUGAAGGAUGAGAUUGAGCGCAAGUUUGACAAGUGGCAGGAGCCACCACCCGUGAAGCAGGUGAAGCCCCUGCCUGCACCUCUUGAUGGGCAGCGGAAGAAGCGAGGGGGCCGAAGGUACCGCAAGAUGAAGGAACGGCUAGGACUGACAGAGAUCCGGAAGCAGGCCAACCGCAUGAGCUUUGGAGAGAUUGAGGAGGAUGCCUACCAAGAAGACCUGGGCUUUAGCCUGGGCCACUUGGGCAAGUCAGGCAGUGGGCGUGUGCGGCAGACACAGGUGAAUGAGGCCACCAAGGCCAGGAUCUCCAAGACACUGCAGCGGACCUUACAGAAACAGAGUGUGGUGUAUGGUGGGAAGUCGACAAUUCGUGACCGCUCCUCAGGGACUGCCUCCAGUGUGGCCUUCACUCCACUCCAGGGUCUGGAGAUUGUGAACCCACAAGCAGCUGAGAAGAAGGUGGCAGAGGCCAACCAAAAGUAUUUCUCUAGCAUGGCUGAGUUCCUCAAGGUCAAGGGUGAGAAAAGUGGCACCAUGUCCACCUGAAGGGGCCCACACCCAGGUGGCCACCCAUUGGAAGGACAUGGAGGACUGGAGCUUCUGAAGUGACAGACAUCCAGCCAGGAAGUUGUGUUGGAGGCAGCCUGCCAUGUUUUGUCCUUGGCCCAAGGCCACAGCAUCCAAGGAAAAGGAUGAAGAACCUUGGCCUGCCUUCCCAGCACCCAUGCUGCUGUUGCCCCAAAUGGGCAAAAAGGUCUUCCUCACAUUCAUCUUUUUUACUUACAUGGGGAAAGGAAGUGCUUUUUUAGAAAGAGUACAAUUAAAUGCACAGUGUCAGGCUCUGA